CCCCGCACCGCCGGGGGAACACCCCGGAGCCGCCCCCGCUGCCUGCGGCUCCCGCCGCGCCUCGGAGCCGCCGAGCGGUCAGGGUGACGUGCUCGGCUAGCUGAGUCCCGUCCGUCUGUGCCACUUCCCGGGCAAAGGGUGCUGCUGAUAAGGCUGGGGUGGAGCUGUGGGACUGUCCCGGGCCUGGGAAGGAGCAGCGGGAACCGGAAGGGAGCAAAGUCGAUUUGGGGCAGAAGGGCAGCCCAGAGCCCCAGCACUGGACAUCAGGUCUGCGGCGCCCGGGCGGCUUCGCGGCCGCGGCGGAGCCCCGCGGCUCGGUCCGGGAUGGCGGCGCGGCCGGUGCUGCCGGUCCUGGCGGCGCUGCUGCUCUCGGCGGCUCCGGAGCCCGUCCCGCGGGUCAGCCUGCCCUACGACUCGGCCGAGAGGGUGGUGCGGCGCUUUGAGGCACCUGGGGUGUCCAACUACACGGCCCUGCUGCUGAGCCCGGACGGCGGGACGCUCUACCUGGGGGCACGAGAGCUGCUCCUCACCCUCAACACCAGCAACUUUCAGCCCAGCUCCCCAGUUCGUAGGCUGCUGUGGAGCGCAGAUGAGGAGAAGAAGAGGCAGUGUGUGUUCAAGGGCAAGGACCCCCAGAGGGACUGUCACAACUACAUCAAGCUGCUGCUGCAGCUGAACAGCACCCACCUGUACACCUGUGGGACCUGCGCCUUCAGCCCGGCCUGUGCCUACAUUAACGUGCAGCACUUCAGUCUGGAGCGGGACGCAUCAGGGAAGGUGGUGCUGGAGGACGGGAAGGGACGCUGCCCCUUUGACCCUGAGUACCGCUCCACAGCUGUCAUGGUCGACGGUGAGCUCUACGCCGGGACCGUCAGCAACUUCCAGGGCAAUGAGCCGACCAUCUCCCGCAGCCAGGAGAGCCGCAUCGCCCUCAAGACCGAGAACUCCCUCAACUGGCUGCAAGACCCAGCGUUCGUGGGCUCAGCCUACCUGCGGGAGAGCCUCCCUGCCGGCAACCCUGAGGGCGACGACGACAAGGUCUACUUCUUCUUCAGCGAGACCGGGAAGGAGUUUGACUAUUUUGAGAACACCAUCGUCUCCCGCAUCGCACGUGUGUGCAAGGGGGACCAGGGCGGGGAGCGCGUGCUGCAGCGGCGCUGGACAACCUUCCUGAAGGCACAGCUGCUCUGCUCACACCCUGAGGAUGGGUUCCCCUUCAACGUACUGCAGGACAUCUUUGUGCUCACCCCGGGUGAGCUGCGCUGGAGGGAGACGCUCUUCUACGGUGUCUUCACCUCGCAGUGGAACAAGGGCGGGCUGGGCAGCUCGGCCGUCUGCGCCUUCCCCAUGCGCAGCGUGCAGCGCGCCUUCGGCGGGCUCUACAAGGAGGUGAACCGCGAAACGCAGCAGUGGUACACAGACACCAGCCCCGUGCCAGAGCCCCGGCCAGGCAUGUGCAUCACCAGCCACACGCGGCACAUGAAGAUCAAUUCAUCGCUGCAGAUGCCAGAUCGGGUGCUGAACUUUAUCAAGGACCACUUCCUGAUGGACAGCCCGGUGCGCAGCCAGCCGCUGCUGCUGCAGAGCCAGCGGCGCUACCAGCAGAUCGGCGUGCACCGCGCGCCCGGCCUGCACGGCACCUAUGACGUCCUCUUCCUGGGCACGGAUGAUGGGCGGCUGCACAAGGCGGUGCGGGUGAACCACGGCGUGCACAUCAUUGAGGAGAUCCGCCUCUUCCCUGAUGGGCAGCCCAUUCUCCAGCUGCUGCUGGACCAGGACCAGGGCCUUGUGUACGCAGCCACCUACACAGCAGUGGCCCAGGUGCCCUUUGCCAACUGCAGCCUGUACCGCAGCUGUGGGGAAUGUGUGCUGGCACGGGACCCCUUCUGCGCCUGGAGCCGGGGUGCCUGCCGCAGGCUCACCCCACAUCCCCUGGCACACCCACAGCUCUGGGCACAGGACAUCGAGGAUGCCGACACAGAGCGACUCUGCCAGCCGGCCAACGCCUCCCAGCCCCGUCCCCGCAUCCUCCUGCCCCCAGCCUCAGGCUCCCCAUGCCAGCAGAUCCAGCUCCCUCCCAACGCAGUGCGGCCGCUGCCGUGCCGGCUGCUCUCCAACCUGGCCUCGGGGCGCUGGCUGCACAACGGGGCUGCUGUCAACGCCUCCUACCUGGUGCUGCCCGACGGGGCCCUCAUUCUGGUGGGCAGCCCGGAGCGUGCCGGCACCUACGAGUGCUGGUCGCUGGAGGAGGGCUUCCGCAAGCUGAUGGCCAGCUACUGCGUGGGCGUGCAAGAGCCAGCCCUCGGGCCAGCAGACCCUGGCAGGAAGGUGGCUGCUGGCCGUGACGCCCUGGACACGGUCAGCACGUCACGGAGCACCUCAGCGGUGGGCAGUGCUGCAGCACGGCUGGAGGGCAAGACCUACUGGACCGAGUUCCUGGUGAUGUGUGUGCUCUUUGCCGCUGCCGUCCUCGUGCUGGCCUUCUUUGUGCUGCACCGGCACCGUGACGGCAUGAAGGCCUUGCUGGAGCCUGGCGACCCCAGCAGGCACCAGAAGCCGCCCCGCAAGCCAGUGGAGAGCCUGCCCCUGAAUGGCAGCAGCCUGCCCAGCACGGCUCCUGAGCACAAGGGCUACCAGGCCCUGCAGGACAACUACAUCGUCAGUACCCCGGUGCAUGAGCCCCCAGGACCCCCACGCACCUUCUCUGAGUCAGAGAAGAGGCCUCUCCACGUCCGUGACAGCUUUGUGGAGGUGUCUCCUGCCUGCCAAAGACCCCGGGUGCGCCUGGGCUCCGAGAUCCAGGACUCGGUGGUGUGACAGGGACGAGAGCCGAGCCCUCACUCACCACUGCUUCUGCUCUGCUGAGCCUCGCUGGACCAUGCACCACUGCCAGGGUCCGCGUUGUCUGUGUGUGCAUGCCCAGAGCCUGGCACCCACCCUCUGUGGCAGCGCCCACCAGCCAGUGGGGCCUAGAGCCUGGCGGGCUCCCUGGCAUCCCCUCGGUACUUGUGGCUGUGAGGGGUGCCUCAUGCCCUCCAGGGCCCUGCAGGACGGCUCCAGCCCGGCGUCCCUGCUGCAGGGAUGGACACGGCUCCUGGCUCAGGCUGCUGGUGCCAGGCCCUGACCCCCUCUAUGCAGAGGGCAGGAGAGGCGGCCGCAGACCCCUCGUGCCCCAACUCACUGUGACGUCCCGCUGGGGACCCAGGGCCACGUGUGCGGCUGGGCAGCGCCAGCCCCGCGGCAUGUGCUGUGUGUCUGUGCUUGGUUCGUUUUUAAUAUGUGGAAAAUGUGAAUUGUGUCCGGGGAAGGGGAGCUGGGAACAGCUUUCCCUGCGCUGGGUGGGCAGGGACACCCCCAUGGCCCCACGUGCGUGUGUGGAAACGUCUCUUGUUUUUAUAUAAAGUCCUUCAGA